CGGGGGUGGGGCAUGGUGACGAAAACCAAUAUGGUGGAUGUUUUUGGAUUUCUCAAAGCGAUGUAAAAAUUAAAUUUAAAGAUUGUUUUGUGAAGAAUGGUGUUUUAUUUUACGAGCGCAGGUGAGAAGACGUUGGUUUUGUGUAUUAAUCUAGAGGCUGUAGAUAUCUCAGUUAAAGUAUACGUACAGAAACAUGUGAAUUAGGUCUUACAAAGUAGAAAAUUGAAUGACCCUUUGAUUAAUAUUUAUAUAUUUGAUUUGAUAUUUAGGAAUUGGCUUCGUUCUUUAAUUUAAACAUGGUUUGGAUUAUACCAAAUAAGUUUCACUAGAUUUCAAGCAAACUACAUAUGGCAAAUAACAUAUAGGAGUCAGUGCCAUGAAUGUGUUUCCAUGGCCUUUUUAUAUUUACUAAUUGACCAUUUGCGUAAUAGACUAAAUUUUGAUCUCAACAAAAAUUUCAUCACAGCUUGAAAGAGCAUCACAAAAUUAGUAAUAUUCCAAAGUUUCGUUGCGAAAUGUUGUAAAAUGCGGAAAAUAUAGCCUUGCGAAGUUUGCAAUUUUCAGUCAUUUUAGAUUACAAACGGGAAAUUGACAGCCCAAUACCCUUUGGGGCUGUCAAUUUCCCGUUUGUAAUCUAAAAUGACUGAAACUUUGCAAACUUCGCAAGGCUAUAUUUUCUCCAUUUUACAACAUUUCGCAACGAAACUUUGGAAUAUUACUAAUUUUGUGAUGCUCUUUCAAGCUGUGAUGAAAUUUUUGUAUAGACUUGUUUAGAUCAAAAUUUGGUCUAUUAUGCAAAUGGUCAAUUGUAAUUGAUAUUUAAUAAUAAUAUUGACUUUUUUGUAGUUGUCUCACCGCCUUACACAAUAUACAUGGGAAUUGAUAAAGUUGAAAGUAAGUUAACUGGACCUAAACAGGGUGUUAGCCAGAAGUAAAAAAAUAUCCGUGUUUACCUGAAAUUGGGAAAUUUAUUUUAGCCUGAAGCCGGGCAUUUCUUUGUGGGUCUGGGGCAUGCGGUUGCCUCCUCUCGUUUUUAAAUUUUUUAUGUCUUUGAAAUGGCAUUUCCCGCAUUUUGCAUUCUGGGAGUAAUUUUGAGCAAAUGUAGUUAUAAACAUGUUUUUAAUGGCGUAUUAAAAUUAACAACAUUGAAUUUCUAUAAUUAUUUUUUGGCUGACCCAAAUUGGGAAAUUCUGACCUCAAGGUAAUUGGGGAAACCUUGUUUAACGCGGAAUUUUUGACUGUAGCUAUUAAACACCUUGCUAGACUAAGGGGCUCUGAUAAUUCUAAUUUAUUGUAUAUUUUCAUGUUUCUUUAAUAACGAGGAAGCUUCAAAACCGUACACUAAGGCCAAAUAAAAAUAAUAGUUGGUUUCAGGUUUCAUCGCCAUGUUUUAUAUGGGUAGGUAGGUCGGAAAAACAUUUUAUUUUAAAAUAUUUUAUCUCAAGUAUACAAUGACGGGAUCACCCGCGAGUUACAUGUGUUUGGCAAGAAACAAACGCAUCAAGGUGUUUUUGUCUUUUUUCAGCCAUAGCUGCAAUGUCAGAAUGACAUACGUUUUUAAUAUUUUAUUCAAUUGUUCUUUGUGUAAAACUAUGAUUAACAUGACUAGAUGAUUAAAUUAUAAGCAAACAAAAUAAUUUGUAGACAAAUAAGUCUGAUGACUAUUUAUAUAUUCUGAUAUUUACGAAAAGAUGAUCUCUACUUGGAAUUGUCAACAAAAUGUUUAUGGUCGGUCAUAUUUUUGACAGGUCGGUUGGAAACCUGAAACCAACUAUUAUUUUUAUUUGGCCUAAUAAUUUUUAUAAAGUACAGUAAACUUAUAAUUUGAUUCUUUAGAUGAAGAUUUGAUUAAACACGGCUGGCCCGAAGAUGUCUGGUAAAAUUAAAAUUUUUUAAGCCACAGAUUUGUAACCAGACAUUAGUCAAACAAUAAUAUGAACUAUUUCUCACAUUGUCAGGUUUCAUGUGGAUAAAGUAUCAUCAGCACAUGUGUAUUUAAGGCUUCCGAAGGUGAAUAGAAGAAAUGAUAUUUUUUUAAUUUGUGCAUCUUUAAUUAACCAGGGUGUAAUAUACUGUACAAUGGGUUGUUCCAGGAAAGAUCCACACUCCCCCUACCAAGGAAAUUUGUCAAAUUUUUGUCAUCCACAGAAAAAUUUGUUUCUAAUAAUAAUAAUAAUAAAAAAAAAUAAUAAUGGUUUAAUAGCAUUUCCACAUUGUGGCUAUUCUAUGCUACAAAAGGUUACAUGCAUGCAUUAUGACAACAUUAAAUUACUACAAUAUUAUAGUAUAUUAGAGACCUAUACUUCACAAGAGAUAAUCAAACGACAAAAAUGAAACGAAACAAUGGACACAUUACGUACAAUAUAAACAACACAUUGUAUUGCAUACUAAAUGUUGCUAAUUUUGUUCAAUGCUAAGUCUCUGAAAUGAGCGAAACAAUUUGGCAACACUCUCUAAAGUUAUUACUGUUCCGAAUGUCUUCGGGAAGAUCGUUGAACACCCGAGCAGUCUCGCCUUGUUUUUGAUUGUAAUCAUUGUUUGUAGUAAGUGUAUUAGGACAGCCGAGGGGGGUAGGUGUGUUAAUUUACAAUUUCCUCCCUGGGGGAGAUAUUUUCUGGAAUGACCCAAUACAAAUAUUAUGUGGCAUUUUCUCUACCAACUGGUAGCAUACUGUAGUGAUUACUGCAAUUCUGGCUUCCCCAACACCACGGUCAAAUGUAAAGGACAUGCGCAAGUAUUUGGAAAUCGCUGGAAAAUGUCUGCCAAAAUAAUAGGAGUAAAUACAGGAAAAGAAUUAAGCGUUUACUAUUUCACCACUUCUUCCUUGUGUGAAGGUGAAGUUAUACUGAGUUCAAAGUUCAAACACUCGUACUUUUCUUUACACUUUUUGCUAGAGCUUCAUGAAGACAAUACUAUUUCCAGUCUGAAUACAGGCAGUAAAUAUGCACAGACGUUUGACCACAGUGUUGGCUUCCCCUACAACAAGGACUCGAUCCCUUCAAUAUGCAAAUUUGGAUGACAUCAUACUUUGUCCCAGAAAAGUGCUUAUGUACUAUUUAAAGCACACGUAGGAGUGUUUUAUCACAUAUAAAAUACGACGCGUAUCGGAGUGUUUUAUAUGUGAUAAAACACGACUACAACUCUACAAGUGCUUUAAAUGGCUUCAAAAACGACUCAUCUUAUACGAGUUCAAUAGCGAAGUAAUUUUUAAAAUAAACUUUGUCUAAACCGAGAAAAUCAAAGCUAAAGUUUAUGUAAAUUAACAUGAUUUUUUAUCACAUAUAAAACCACGACACGCUUAUGAUUUUUCUUUGUGUUUUCCUCCUGAAUUAUUAAUAGGGAGCUUAAGAUCUACAACGCGAAUUUGUGACGCGGACGUGCUUACCGAAGCCUAGUUUUCGCGUGUAAGCCUAGUCAGAGUUGUCAGAGUUUAUUUCUUUGAGAUUUGUGACACUGUGAUGACACGUUAACAGCCAUAUGAACUGAUAGAAACCAGGCUUUAUAGACUAUUGUUACGAAUGCACAUUUUCCCUCCAAAACUACCAUCCGAGACGACGUGAUAUUUGCAAAGAUUCGUCGUCAUAGAAGUCGUAAAAACUUAUGAUAAAAAAUAUCUUCUUAAUAUAUUGCUAGCCUCUGUUAUGUUGUACAUUUUUUCCAGUAUAAUUUCAUUUUAUUUACUGUGAUACAAAUAUUCUAAUGGUAUUUGCCAUCGUUUUAAAAUAAAACUUGUUUAAUGCGACGUUCGCGUCGUAAGUUCGCGUUGUAGAUCUUAAGCUCGCUAAUGAGUUUUUGAAGACUUUACCAAACACCAUGAACAUGAUCUCUCCAGUUACUGAACCAGGGUUGGGGGUUGACCCUUACCGCACCUCCAGACAGGUUGGGUUGGCAAAGUUUUGCCAACCAAAACAAAACCAGGUUAGCAACAGAAUUAGUUUGGCAUUCAGCGAUUGCUGACCUGAUUGCAAGCCCUGGGGAGAACAGUUUAUAGAGCCUUCAUUUUGACUCCAUUAGGGACAAACGAUCGAGGAUAUUCCUUCAGCUGUAUUGGAUGACUGUGCCCAAUUGGUGAAAGCUAACAGCAUUCAAGGUCAGCUCAAGAUUCAUCUCAAUUAUGUCUUUUUCACUUGUAUGAGAUUUGCAAGCCUUGGAAAAAUUUGGAAUCUUAAUAUAAAAUACAAUUUUCCAGGAAAUAAAAUGAAUAAUGUUGGAAUUGUCUACACGCCUUGGGAUAACUUGAAAAAAACAAAUGGUAUGGACGUUGGGCAGGUUGGCUUCCAUAAACAAAAAGAGGUAUUAUUGAUUUCUUAUUCUUCACUACAUUUUAUUCGAAAGUAGUAAUUUAUGUACUAUUUAAAACACGAUUAGGAGUGUUUUGUCGGAUAUAAAACAUGAGUUUCGUGUUUUAUAUCUAAUUAAACACUGCUGCUCAUGUUUAAAACAGUACUUAAAAACGACCCAUCUGGUGAGUUCAUUGGUGAAAUAAUUUUGAAAAUCAACUUCAAACAACUUUGUCGGACUCGUAUUUGCUCAUUUUUUCUCUAUAAUGCAUGGAUGAAAAACAUGUCGUUCAACAGCCAAAAGCCUGGGCUCGGUUGUACGAAGGCCGGAUAGCGCUAUCCACCAGAUAGUGAAUUUUUCAAACUUUGUUAAAUCAGUCGUUGAUUGGUAUAACUCGUAUCAAAGUUUAGUAUUUAUAAGUUAAAUGUUUUUUUAUACUUCUUGUGUCCUCUAUAUCGGAUUCCGUAGUUUCACAGUUUUUCAAGCAUUUUUACAAAGGUUGAAAAAAUCACUAUGCGAUGGAUAACGCUAUCCGGCCUUCGUACAACCGGCCCCAGAUCUGUAUGACUAUGAAAGAAUUACGUUCAUACGCCGAGUAACGCCGAGCAAUUAACGCGCAAAGGCAUGCUAAAAUUGGAUACAUUGCUCUCUUUUUUUAUACACCCUGCAUGUAUAUCGAGCGAGAUUUAAAAAAAACUCCAUAUAAUUUAAAGCAUUUUGUGUAUUUUCAAUUAGGUGCGUUCAAUGACAGUGGAAAAGAGAAUCAAUGAAAUUGUAAAUCGUUUGAAUAAAACAAAAACAGAAAGGUUUCCAGAUUUGAGAGUGGAGAAAGAACAACGAGAUCACGAGGAGAGGGAAGACAAUCGAAAAGAAAUGCAAGAAAAGGUAAAUUUUGAUGGUCAAGUUUUCCAAGUUUUCGCUGCGGUAAUAUCCAGUUACCUCUCAUCAACUCUCAUGCAACUCUUGUUAUCGUUUGAUCGAGGCGUGUGUGUCGAGAAAACUCUCAUGCAAACUCUCGCUUCUCAACUCUCAUGUAACUCUUGUUCUCGUUUGAUCGAGGCAUGAGAGUUGAGAAAACAUUCAUGCAAACUCUUGCUUCUCAACUCUCAUGCAACUCUUGUUCUCGUUUGAUCGAGGCAUGAGAGUCGAGAAAACUUUCAUGCAAACCCUCGCUUCUCAACUCUCGUCAACUCCCAUGCAACUCUUGUUCUCGUUUGAUCGAGGCAUGAGAGUUGAGAAAACUCUCAUGCAAACUCUCACUUCUCAACUCUCAUCAACUCUCAUGCAACUCUUGUUCUCGUUUGACCGGGGCAUGAGAGUUGAGAAAACUCUCAUGCAAACUCUCACUUCUUAACUCUCAUCAACUCUCAUGCAACUCUUGUUCUCGUUUGAUCGAGGCAUGAGAGUUGAGAAAACUCUCAUGCAAACUCUCACUUCUUAACUCUCAUCAACUCUCAUGCAACUCUUGUUCUCGUUUGAUCGAGGUCUGACCAGGGCUUAGGACAUAAAUCUAUACAUGUUUUCAGUAUUUCGGUAUCAGUUAUCCGUAUAGGCCAAUAUAUAGGCCCUUUAAUAUAGGUUUAAUAUCGGUACAUCAUUGACUUACAUAGAGCAUUUUUGUAUUUUUCACAAUUGCUUUGUACAACCUUAGAGACAAAAAGAGAAAGAGGAGGAAAGAAGACGCGCAACAGAGGCCGAAGCAAGGUAC